AUGACCGGUAAACCCCCCGCCUCGCUGGCGGGGGUACCAGACAACCCUAUCGAACAUCAACGUUGCGUCAGAGCCCCGGAAUGGAUGCUAAGCAAGGACGAGAUGGGCCAGGCCAUGGUUCUUAUCCUACGCUGCAAAGUCCCCGAAAACGUAACGGACGACCCUCAGCUGCCGGAUCCGUUCAUCAUUGGCACAUCAGUCCAGUUAGCGGUUGGUGAAAAGGAUGCUCGAAAUGUGAAAGCGUCUCGCGAAGGUCGCGGCUCACGUUACCUCCUCCGUACAAAUUCCCGAAGCAUAGUUCAAAAGCUGACAAAUAUGACUGAGCUAACCGACGGCACACCCAUUGAGAUCUUUCCACAUCCAACAUUGAACACGGUACAGGGCAUAGUGUAUGAGCCGGAUUCCAUCAAUAUUGAUGAGGAAACCAUCAAGAAGCAUCUGACUUCUCAAAACGUACACUCUGUUCGCCGCAUCAGAAAACGAAUGAAUGAACUUCCAGACCACGUGUACUUUGGACUGUUGCGGAUCGAAGUUCGAGUCAACUACCCGUCUCCGCUAAUGUGCUUCAACUGCGGAACUUACGGUCACCCACGGAAGUCAUGCCAACAGCCUGGUAUCUGCCUGCAAUGUUCUCAACCGCUGCACGUGGCAGAAGGAGAGCAAUGCGAAAAUACACCCCACUGCCUCCAUUGCAAAAAAGAACAUUCUGUCAGGUCUCGGGUUUGUCCGAAAUACAAAGAAGAAGACACGAUUAUCCACAUGAAAAUCGAUCGUGGCAUCUCGUUUGGUGAGGCCAGGCGCCUAUACAACGAAGAACAUCGUAGAGAAACUAUUGCGCAAAUGAUUCAGAACCAGCUUAAGCAAAAACUUGUUGCAAAAGACCAACUGAUCGCAGCUCUCCAAAAACAAGUUGCUGACCUGGCCAAAGAACUUGCUUCCCUUAAAUCAACACUUCGCGAACCACAGCUACCGCUCGCUCAACGCACUUCGAUUGGAAACCAGGCUUCUACAUCUGGAACAGCACCCAAGACGCAGCACCAAUCCAGGAAAGACAAAGGUUUCGUCAUGCCGCCUGCCAAACCAAACGAUAAUCUUGAAAACGGAAUCGACAAUAGCAUUCGCACCAGGAGCCGCAGCAACAAGCGAGUGCUGGAGAGCUCUACGACAGACCGCAAUGAAAAUCACGGUAAGCGUGUGUCGCAUCAUCCAAGAACGACGAGUAGUGCGACCAAUUCGGAAACAGGAUAG